AUGGGGCCCCUAGGCAAUAGAGGAUCAUGGGGCCCCUGUGUCCUUGCCCAAACUCAAAAAAGCCUCCAGGUAGCAUCUGAAGAACAUGGUGGCACAGAACUCAGCCUAGGUCGGCAGAUCUCUAGAGGACAUCAAUGGAUCGCCAAGCCUGUGAGUAUGUUUUCCAUGCAGUACUCAGCUCAGGGGCUGACUGACAACUCAUGGGGCCCCCGGGCAAUAGGGGAUCAUGGGGCCCCUGUCUCCUUGCCCAAACUCAAAAAAGCCUAUAAAAAAGGUACCAGGGGCAUCUCAUGGGGCCCCCUACUGACCCCGGGCCCUCAGGCAAUGCCCGAGUUUCCAAAUGGUCAGUCCGCCCCUGACUCAGCUAUAGAAGUAACA